AUUUUUCCCCAACAUCCGGGACCUUGUUCAGUUCGCCAGUGAAAACUGAAGGAGAGCAGAGGAAAGAAAGGCGACUGAUGACAGCUGUCAGAGUGGACAAAAACACUCCCAUUCUGUGAAGUUAACCCGAAUGGCUCUGCCCAAACACACCGGCAGAUAGAGGACAGAAACCGUGGGAGAAUAACUGCCUUGCUUAACGGUGUCGCGAAGGUAUUUUCAGCGUCGUUGCCUUUUCUUUCCAGCUUUACACUUUGGUGAAAUCUCAUCUUCUGCGCUAACAUGGGGACACAAGGCACCGGUAGAAAACGAGCUCCUUUAAAAGAUCGGUUUUCAGCAGAGGACGAGGCUCUGAGCAGCAUCGCUCGGGAGGCCGAGGCGAGGCUGGCGGCGAAGAGGGCGGCCCGCGCAGAGGCCAGAGACAUCCGGAUGAGGGAACUGGAACGGCAGCAGAAAGAGCUUUCUUACCACUCCUCCAGCAGCAGCAACAGAAAAUGGGGUCAGAUCCACCAGUGGAUGGCUGAAACAGAAAAAGCCAGAGCCUCUAGUAGUAGUAGAUCCAGCAACCAUCAUCACCGGGAUGACGAUCUUUUGUCAGUCCGCAGCUAUAGGUCGUCCUCUUCAUCCGUACACGACCUGGGCUCUAUCAAGAGUCGAUCCAGUUCCCGUAGGAAGGACGCCCUGUCUGACAGCCUUUCCUCCAGCUCCCUGCUGAAGAGUUCCCGCUCCACUAGUUCUGUGUACAAUGACCUACGUGGCCAAAAAAAGGCUUCCUCCUCCAAGAAAGGCCUCCUGACUGGACUGUACCACGAUCAGAGGAACUACAGCAGCCUUACGAAGACCAAACCACCAGCCCUGUCCUCCACCUCCACCUAUCAGCCCCGGGCCUCCACUUCCUCCUCCUCGUCCUCCACCGUUGGUUCGGGUCUGUCUCGCAGCCACAGCAUGGCCUCUAUUUACGAUGACGCUGGUCUUUACGGCUCAGGCCACGGUUCAAGAGCUCCCUCUGAACUCAGCUGGUACUCCUCUGGGGCCAGCUCCACACGCAGCAGCCCUGCGCACUCCUCCUCAGAUGAUGACACUGUCAGCAGCGUCUCUCAGGAACGCUACAGCCGAGGCCGGAGGGACAGCACGUCGUCUGACUUCUCGGAUAUUAGCGAGUCGGCUGCUGAUUACUUCAGCCGCUCCAACCGAAGGGGCAGCAUUGUGUCUGACCUUGACGAGUUGAGCAUUCCAGAUCUGGACGCUCUGGAUGAAAAAUGUGACAAGCAGUAUACAGAUUACAGUCGGCCGUCCUCCCGCUGCACCACGCCUGGCCUGUCAGCAGCCUCCUUGGCCUCGCUGGGCGGGACGUCGUCACGGCGAGGGAGCACAGACACCGGUAGCAUCUACGACCCUGACACGAGUCUGAGUGAACUGCGGGAUAUCUAUGAGCUAAAGGACCAGAUUCAGGAUGUAGAGGGGCGGUACAUGCAGGGGCUUAAAGAGCUGAAGGAGUCGCUCACAGAGGUGGAGGAGAAGUACAAGAAAGCCAUGGUGUCGAACGCACAGCUGGACAACGAGAAAGGCAACCUGAUCUACCAGGUGGACACACUGAAAGACGUCGUGGAGGAGAUGGAGGAGCAGAUGGCCGAGAUGAGGAGGGAGCUGGAUGACAAGUCAAAGGAACUAGAAAGACAGAAGCACACGUGUUCAGUCCUGCAGCACAAACAAGAGGAGCUGAAGGAGGGAAUCCGCCAGAGAGACGAGCUCAUAGAGGAGAGCCAGCGAAUGCAGACUAAGUUAGACGGCCUCACCAGAGAGGUGUUUGACCUGCAGGAAACCAUAAACUGGAAGGACAAAAAGAUGGCGGCCCUAGAGAGGCAGAAAGAAUACUUUGAUUGCAUUAGGAAUGAGAGGGACGAGCUCAGAGAUGAGCUCGCCGACAUCAAGGGGAAGUCCAGAGGCGCAGAGAAACACGGCCUGGUGAUAAUCCCAGACGGGACGCCCAACGGAGACGUCAACCACGAACCUCUUCCCUCAGGAAUCACCCUGGUAACCCAGGAGGCCGCCCAGGUGCUAGAGUCCGCAGGCGACGGCCCACUGGAUGUCAGGCUACGGAAGCUGGCGGACGAGAAGGACGAGCUUCUGGCUCAGAUCAGGAAACUGAAGAACCAGCUGGAGGAGGAGAAGCAGAAACACUCCAAGGUGGAUGGAGCGUUCCCAGACGGGGAGAACAUGGAGAACGGUACAGAUCUGCACUUCAUCGAGAUGCAGAGAGACGCCAACAGACAGAUUAGUGAAUACAAGUUCAAGCUUUCAAAGGCUGAACAAGAAAUGGGUACAAUGGAACAAAAUAUCAGCCGACUCGAAGGCCAGGUUGCCAGGUACAAGUCAGCAGCCGAUAACUCAGAGAAAGUAGAAGACGAGCUCAAGGCCGAGAAACGGAAACUCCAGAGAGAACUGCGCACGGCUCUGGAUAAGAUUGAGGAGAUGGAAAUGACCAACAGCCACCUGGUGAAGCGCCUGGAGAAGAUGAAGGCCAACCGGAACGCCCUGCUGUCCCAGCAGUGAGGCCGGCGCCAUGACCUCUGACCUCCCACUGCCACACUGCGCCUGAAUCUCACUCUGCUCUCAGCUGCAACGCCUGGAGACGUGUAGCUAACCAAAACACUUCCAAUCUUGUAGCAGAGGAAACAAAUCUGAACUUUUUUUGUUGUUCUUUUUGGUAAAGUUGGGAUUUGGUCCGGCUCUUCUGGAGGAACAACUGGGAAACCAAACUGGUAAAACUGGGAGAUGCAGCUGAGGAAAACCUCUGGUCACGUUUCCCCCUCCGGCCGGGUGCUUGGCUCUUCUUUCUGACAGGUUGCAUGAACGGGUCUAAUGAUGCUUUUAAACUUAAAUCUACUUGCUGCUCCAGGCCUGCAGCUUCCCAGCUUCCCUUCACGCAGUGAAGUGCCUUUUUCACUUUAGGAGACACAGGGAGGGGCUGCACCGCUCAGUGAAUUAAAUAACUGUUUGAACAGGUACGGUAUGAUGUAUUUAAAAUAAUAAAACAACGGGGUGCAGUCAUGGUGUGAAAGUAUAUAGAAACAACUGUCUGCUGCAGUUUCCUUGAAAUUUUUUCAAAUAUUUAAAGAUUUCUGGAGAAUAAAUGUAUGAUUUACAGAGCUGUGUGCAACAUCCUUUAUUUGGAUUUUAUUAGUUUUAUUAAUGUGCAGCCUUUUCUAAUUCCACUGCUACAAAAUAAAGUAAUUUUCUAAAUGUGUA